GCGACGUAUAAACAUAUGGUUAUUAGCGUUGUUAAAUGGAUCAACCAUUGUUUUCACCAUAAAAUUUAAAAACAUCUGGGUUCAUAAUAAAAUGUGUUUUUGAUGUAUGGCAACAUGGCAGAACUUAAAUACUCUGACACAAGAUUUGAUUCUGCAUCGGAAAAUGAUAAAAUCAGUCUUUCUAGUCCACCUGCACCUAAUCUUGGCUUUUCAUUUUCUCGAACAUCUUCUACAGGCUCAAUAGAUCUUUUAACAUCAUCUUCUGCUCAAAACACAGACGAUGAGGAUAGUGAAGAGAAAUCAACUUUGAGCUACAAAGAGCGCAGACGUGAAGCUCAUACACAAGCUGAGCAAAAAAGGAGAGAUGCUAUUAAGAGAGGAUAUGAAGACUUGCAAACUCUUGUUCCCACCUGUCAACAACAAGAUAGUAUCAGUAGUUAUAAACUCAGUAAAGCUACCAUUCUGUCUAGGUCAAUCGAUUACAUACAGUUUUUAAUACAACAAAAGAAAAAGCAAGAAGAUGAGUUAAAUGCACUUCGAAAAGAAGUUGUUGCUUUAAAUAUUAUGAAACAAAAUUAUGAAAGAAUUGUGAAAGUUCACCAGAGCCAACCUGGACAAAACAAUAGUAAAGUCAGUGAUGAAAUGAAAUUUCAAGUGUUUCAGGCAAUAUGUGAUUCUUUGUUCCAGUCAUUCAAUUCAUCAGUUUCUGUUGCCAAUUUUGGGGAGCUCUCAGCAUGUGUUUUUAGUUGGUUAGAGGAAUAUUGCAAGCCUCAAACUCUUCAAGAAAUGAUUAUUUCACUUUUGUGCCAGUUGAACAAUCAGAUUGCUUGAUCAAUGCAGUAUUUCGUAUUGAUAUAAUGUAUUAUAUCAUUGUUUAGUUCUCAUGUGCAUUUUAAUUAGCUCAUUUAUCAGGGUUCGCCAAUAUAUAUCAGUCGAUAUAU